AUUUCUAAUCUCCAUUUCUUUAUUCAUGUAAUAAUCUAAAGCUGCAAACACUUCUUCACAUCUUUUUCCUCCUCAUCCUCUCUAUAUAACCCAUACUUCUUUCUCUAAUACCAUUUCUCUUCUUCAAUUCUAUCUCUGAUCAAGAAGAAAACACUGAUAAUAAUUCAAAGCCAUCAUCCACAUUACACAAAGAAGAAGACAAUGAAUAUGAUGGGACAAUUUGGUGAUACCACACUCACAAAAGUAUUUGUUGGAGGAUUAGCAUGGGAAACUCCCAAAGAAGCAUUGAGAGAUCAUUUUGAGAAGUAUGGUGAUAUCUUGGAAGCUGUUAUUAUCUGUGAUAAACUCACUUCCAGAUCCAAAGGAUACGGAUUUGUGACCUUCAAGGAACCAGAGUCGGCUAAGAAUGCUUGUGAAGAAGCUACACCCAUGAUUAAUGGACGCAGAGCUAACUGCAACCUGGCUUCACUAGGUGCACGUCGUCCUAGGGUGAUUACUUCUGCUCCAUCGACCCAACAAGGAUCAAACCAUGGAAGUAGGUCCAGCACACCACCAGUAGCAGCAGCAAACCAAGUGCAAUGGUAUUACCCAACUGCAACACCAGCUUCUCCUUAUCAUCAUGCUGUUCCAGUGCACUACGGAUACUCUCCGACCUACAUUCCGGCUAAUUACACUUAUAAUCAGAAGGUAAACUACGCAAGUGGGACCCAGAUGAAUGGGCAUUACCCGCAACAACAGGUGUAUCCAGGUGGACAAGCAGCAGCAGGGACUAUGGUGCCAGUGCCCUACCCCUACUACCAACAAUUUUAUCAACAGACUAUGGGUGUACCUGCACACGUGGCGGGGCCCAUCUCCGCUGUCCCUACUCUCAUCUCAAAACCAUCAUCAAACACAGUUUGUUUGGCUGUGGAAUAGGUAUUGCUGCCGGGAAACAGAUGGUGGGGGAUGUGGAAAGAGAAGCUUAAAGCUUAACAACAACAAUGAAUAUCACAAUCUCCACCAUUAUCAUUAAGAUGAAAAUUAAAUUAUAAUUGUAACAAUUAAUUCAAUUGUAUCUCUCUAAAUAAAAUUUUAUUUAUUCAAGUUUAUAGUAAGAUUACUCAUUCUCCCUAACUCACUCUUUUGUUUCUCAAACUUUGAGAUGCAAAAAGAACAAAAAAUGCUGUAGAAGAAGUCAUGUAUGGUAACAUGUAAAAUUUAUAUGACAAACUUAUUACUUG